AUGCCGAAGUCUUCAGGUUCAAGUCGGAAGCUCAGUCAGAGGAGCAUGUCCUCAGACGUUGGAGCGAUGACGCUCAUGGAGAAACGCCUCUUGGAGAAGCAGACAAGCAAGUUCUUGCUAGACAGCGAUAUUCGAAACAUCUUCCAGCAGUUCGACAGAGACGGCAACGGAUACCUCGGGGCAGCAGACCUUGCGAAAGUGUACAAGGCGAUCGGAGAGAACCUCGAUGACGACCUGAUCGACGAGCUCAUCCGCGAGGCCGACAAGGACGGCGAUGGGCAGAUAGCCUACCCUGAGUUCUAUGCUCUGAUCAAAGUCUUGGAGGCUGAGGGUGGGGGCAUGCGCGACCCCAACGCUAAACCAGCACCAGUGCGCCAGGUCAGCAAGAAAGGCAGAAAGGAUGAAAGCUCCGAUUCAGACGGGACAACAGAAUCCUCGAGUGGCUCGUACUAG